AUGCAGCAUAGAGAAGAGCGGAGCUGGAACAGCUCACUCAUAAAACGACUAGCGGGCGACGUGGGUGCCGCAGCGGUGUCUGCUACAUUGGUAGCACCAGCAGUGACCGUUAUUGACCGGGCACUCGUUGAGAAAUCUUCAUCGAACCAACCUCUGGUCCGCGGUCUACGCAAACACGCAUUCGCGGCAUUAAGAAACCCUGCGCGAUUUGUCUUUCAACUCCCAUUCGGUAUUAUCUGGGCACUUUAUGGAGUAACAUACACCGUCGCUAAUGGAACGGAUACAAUCGGCCAUGAGUUCAAGGCGUCGGCGACGGGCAUGCUCACCUUUGUGUCGACGACAAUGGUGAAUGUACCAAUGGGAGUGUGGAAGGAUAUUCGCUUCGCCCAGAUGUUUGGCUUGAAUGCUACGAGAGCAGGAGUCACGCUACCUCCUCUGGUGCAGAACCGCGGUGUCGCGCGAGCAGCCACGGCCGUCUUUCUACUUCGCGAUAGUGUGACUAUCUUUGGUUCCUUCACGCUGGCACCUCGAUUGUCAGAAAUGAUCCCAGACGAUCUCACCGCUCAUCCACAUGCUAAACCGGUCAUAUCGCAAUUGACAGUUCCGGUCCUCACUCAGUUGGUGGCAACUCCUCUACACUUGCUGGGUCUUGACUUGUACAUGCGACAACACGCCGUGUCCUUUGCCGACCGGUUGGUGCAAUCUCAGCGAUAUCUGGUUUCGUCAACAGUGGUCCGGUGCAUUCGUAUCAUCCCAGCCUUUGGAUUUGGAUGUCUUGCGAAUAUGGAGUUACGAUCUUUUUUCCAUAACAAGGUCAAUACAUGA